GUUACGCCAUUUUUGUUAGGGAGAGCAGUCGUGUUCAGAAAAGGAGGAUUAGGUAGCUGAGCACAGGUACAGCAAUCGGCUCCUCUAACAUCACCUCGUUCCGAGUUGUCUAGGACAAACAAGACACUUGCUUGUCCGCCACACUCGUAUAAUGUCGUCAGAAAACCUGGACCCGGACACUCAGGUGGACUACGAGGACGAAAAACAGGACUCCCAGGAGAAGAAUGCAAACCCGGUGAAGGCGGAGGAGGCCAAGCUUAAGGCCAGAUACCCCGGCCUGGGCCAAAAGUCCGGUGGCUCAGACUUCCUCAUGAAAAGACUACAGAAGGGGCAAAAGUACUUUGACUCCGGUGACUACAACAUGGCCAAAGCCAAGAUGAAGAACAAGCAGCUUCCUGUUGCGGGGCCUGACAAGAACCUGGUGACUGGCGACCACAUUCCCACGCCGCAGGACCUACCACAGAGGAAGUCCUCCUUGGUGACCAGCAAGCUAGCUGGGUAGCCGUCAUCAUGCCAGAAGCAGCCCCCCGUCCCCCCACAUCCAUCCAUCCAUCCCUCCCUCCCUCUGGGGCUCCCAGCAAAGGUUCCCCCCAAAAGUCCUCACCCAUGUCCCCAACACAUCCACCUCUCCUACCUUCUCUCUUCCCUUUUCAUCCCCAGACGCCACUGGCUUUAACAUAACGGGCAGAGUUGUAUAAGUUAAAACUCCAUUUGCUUGUAUGUAGGUGGGGUGGGAGGAAGGGAGGGAGGGAUGGAGGUUCAGGCGGCCCACGAGGUUGCAGUCUUCUCUGCCUUCCCACUACACACAGCUCUGCGCACUCUGCUCUGCCGCCUCCCUCAUGUCUUGGUGUGCGGUGUUCCAAGAUGCAUCACAGUAGGUGUGUGUCAUCGGGCAGGGGUUGGAUGGGGGUGAGUUAAUGCACUUUGUAUUCUGUAUAGUUUGUUUUUGUCCUUUUUUUUUGCAUCCUUGAUGACACCAAAACAAUGUAUGUAAGGGAGAUAGGAACCAUGAUCGCAUUGUGUUCUUUGAUCUUUACGUUCCCCUGCUUCGCUGGUGGCAGGCUACGGUGACAGGUGUUGGAGGACACGUGUGAAUAAAUGCUUGCAUACCAAAUCUGUGAGGGUAGCUGCCUAGAUAAAGAGCUGUUGAAUGGAGGCCUCCUCAUAUCUCAUCCUCCAUUUACCUUGUGUCGAACAAAACCAGUGGUCACCUGCUACAGCUCAGCCAAAAAGGGAUUUUGAAAUGCCACCUUUACUUUUUCUCUCUGCCCCUUUUGCUUUAACUCUCAACUCCUUUUGCUACUGUUCUCUCUAAAUAUGCUGCAUGAUUGUAACAUGUAACAAGACAUUUCAUAUGUUUUCUAAGGGGAGUGGGGCACCUGCUUAGUAGUAGGAUGCAUCAAAACAAACACAAGAAGCUCUGAAAUGUCCGCGACCUCACUUCCUUGCUUUCCUUUUUGCUGUCCUGACAAUCCAUGUGCACACAGUCUUGUUCGCAGCCCAGGACAAGAGCCAGCUGAGUAUGUCCUUGUGUCAUUUUUAAAGGCUGGGACCCCCUGCCAACCUCUGACUUCAGUCUGAGUUUGGUUCCUGUUGAGUUGCAUCGAGAUGUGUGUUUACUAAGAGCCUAAAAAGAUUUUUUUUGGGGGGGGGGGGGGGGAAUUGGAGCGCCCCUUAUAGAGUGUAUGCUUCUGUAAAUAAUACUCCAACAAACAAACACAUAGUUUGUGAUAAGCUCAGCGCUUUAAGGACCUUACCCGCUAGCAUGCCUGAGAGAAAUGGUAGUGCUAAAUUGAUCCACUUUGGAUCAAAUGCUAGGAUUUCUGACUUGGAAAUGAUGUGCUUUACCAACUUAGCCAAAUUUGACCCUGCAGCUAUCGGGCUCAGAGACUGCAGAUGUGUGCGUUACCGUCUCAUCCUUAGACUGUGCUCGUAGCACGGUGAGGCAGGCUGCGGCCCAAGCUGCUCUGGAUCACACUGACGUGAUGUUCAUGUUAUCCAAAUGCAAUUCAAACAUAUUUUCAAUGAAACUGCCGAGUCCCAGCACUAAAGUCACAAUAAAAAAGACAUUGGUAAGUGGAGUCAAGUCGUAGAGAGGUUGAAGUCAUUUCCCACUGUGGGAUGUGCAGUUAAAUAGUUUCCAUGUUUGGUACCGUUAAAAACAACAGCUUAUUCUUGCUGCGACUUAUGGAUAAAAAAAAAAAUGGAUGUUUGUUUCUCAUUUGACACUUUCAAAAUAGAUAUGACAUGCAGACGAAGUGGUUCCCUUGACAUCAGUUCACAUCAACUUGUAUAGAAGAUUACAUCUUCGAGCCUGAGUAUGUCCUUGGAACACAACGUUUCUUUUUUCUUUUCAAACUCGCACACACUCCACAGACUGAUUUUGGGUCAGAGACAGUAAAUGGCAACCCGAUGAGUACAGAUGUCGGGUGCAGCUUGAUGUCUUAAAGUGGGACAUUUGCAUGCUUGCAGUCAUGUGCUCACUCUAACACUUUGGCAAAGCAAAGAGAUUGUGUAACACGUGGUGAGGGGGCAGAGUAUGUGUGGGUGCUCUGCGCUCGAGUCCCCACCUGUUAAUGUAGUUCAACCUUUUGAAACAGGUCAGCGAUCACGAAAAUAGCCAAAUUAAAAUGCGCGGCUCCACCCACGUGUUCAACGGUGGGAAAGUGGAUGCCGGCGCUCGCUGAGAUUCAGCCUCCUUGUAUAAUACUGCUUCAGGGAACCUUCACUAAUGCACACUCCACCACACAGACUCGGUGAUGAGGUGCACGCACCAUCACAUUUUCAGCCUUGUUUGUUUUUCUGUGCGAUUUUAAACGUGUCAAAUUAGCAGUGGGGUGAAAAAAGACCUGACCUGUACGUGUGUGUGUGUGUGUGUCACGGUGCUGUAUGGCUGCAUUUCUUUUCUCUGUUUGAGCUGUUGUAAAUAGAUGUCAACUGGACAGGAUUCUGUGUUCCCCCAUCUGCUUUUUACUCUUUCAGAGCCUGAGUUAUUUCGAUUCAAUGGUUCCUCUCCUUUAAGUUUAACACUACUUCUGCUCUAUGUUGAUGUACGGCAGAGGCUAUGUGAAUCUGUAUCAUAUGAAAAUAUGUGUAAAUGCUGCUGAUUCAGUCUAAGACUAAUCUAAGAGAUGAUGCCCUGUAAAGAACGCAUAUCCUCUCAAUCCUACCAGUCAGACUCUCUUCUUCCCACCCAAGUAUCUCUCUAUCAGAAUCCUACAAACUUCAGUGCAAAAAAAUGCAUACUUUUAUAGAUGCAUUAUUAAACUUAAUCCAAUUGUAUAGAAAGAAAGGGAAAAAAGUUGUGGGUGGCUUUAAUUGCCAAGAACAGCCCAAAGCUGUCCUCGACAAGUAGAUAGGAUAAAGGAGGAUAAAGUCUAAUUUAUGCUCCAUCACGCAACUUUUGAAAUGUAAUCAGAAAAGAUGCAUUUUGGACUGAAAAAAGUGAUGUGUGUCUUUCAUCUUCAACUUAGACUGGGACAAAAAAAGAUCCUGUUGAACAUCUUAUUGCCACACCGAGCACCUCCAUUUCUUGCACUCCUGUUUGAAAGUCUAUUCAAAAUCUCUUUGUCCUCGAUUAUAGCAACAAUUUCAUCGAAACCCCCGUCAUUAUCAAGAUAAAAGUAAAACUAGAACAAAUACAGAUAUGAAUGAACAAGCAGACGGAGGGGUAAACCAAUCGUGAUGACACCAUGUGUAGUGUGAGAUUACUACAGAAACGACAACAACAAAAAUCUCCAUAGCAUACAUUAAAAACAAUCAUCAAAAGUGUUGAGCAGUGGAGUAGGCCUAUAAGUCAGCCUUCAGUUAUGUUUUUUUUUUUUUUAUAACAGUAAGACAGGAGUUCUUGAAUGCUACUUGAUAUUUGGAUUUGCACGCAGCAGUUCAACGAGAGGAAAAAGCAGGGUAUGUUUAAAAUCCAACACACAGGGUGUCUCUCGUUCAGCUACGACAAACGUGCCAGAAUGUAUAAAGAAAUGACAAGCUGUGUGCUCAGAAGUACUAUUGAGCUGCUUUUUUUCUUUUUUUUUUUAAACAUAAACUGAUCUCUUGUUGUUUUUGCAAGUGAAUAUGUCUUUAUUGGUUUCUUUGUUUGUUUUUCUUGUGUUCUAUUAUUGCAUAAUUACUAUAUUUCAUCCUGGCCCGAGAUAACUGCGAGGAAAUCAGAGGCACCCUUGCUUCCAAGAGAGAGGGAGAGAAAUAAAAAUAAUAAUGAUAAUAUGGGUUUACAUGGAAAAAAAGAGGAUGACUGGAGAACACAGGAAUGAUUUUAAGAAUUCAGAGAGUACAGACGUACUUGGAAUAUUUCAUUUGUGUGGGAGUAGGUGAAAGGAUUUUUGUCAGUAUUUGAAAUAAACUUUUACAUGAAUAACA